CCUCUUUCCCUGCCUCUUCGCUCCUCGCCAUGGCCCCUGCCCUGCUGCUGGUCCCUGCAGCCCUCGCCUCGUUCGUCCUGGCCUUUGGCACCGGAGUGGAGUUCGUGCGCUUCACCUCCCUUCGGCCACUCCUCGGAGGCGUCGCGGACCCUGGUGGUCCGGACGUGCGUCAAGGAUGGCUGGCUGCUCUGCAGGACCCCAGCAUCCUUGGCUCCCUGGCCUGGGACCUGGGACUUCUGCUGCUAUUUGUUGGACAACACAGCCUCAUGGCUGCUGAGAGAGUGAAGGCGUGGACUACCCGGUACUUUGGGGUCCUGCAGAGGUCACUGUAUGUGGCCUGUACGGCUCUGGCUUUGCAGCCACUCAUCCUCACUCAGGUGGUUAUGCGGUACUGGGAGCCUGUACCCAGAGGCCCUGUGCUAUGGGAGGCUCGCGUGGAGCCGUGGGCCACCUGGGUGCCCCUCCUCUGCUUCGUGCUGCAUGUCAUCUCCUGGCUCCUCAUCUUCAGCAUCCUUCUCGUCUUUGACUACGCGGAGCUCAUGGGCCUCAAGCAGGUGUACUACCAUGUGCUGGGGCUUGGCGAGCCUCUGGCCUUGAAGUCCCCCCGGGCUCUGCGACUCUUCUCCCAUUUGCGCCAUCCAGUGUGUGUGGAGUUGCUGACAGUGCUGUGGGGGGUACCCACCCUAGGCACAGACCGUCUCCUCCUGGCUCUCCUGCUGACCCUCUACCUGGGUCUAGCACACGGGCUUGACCAGCAAGACCUCCUCUACCUACGGUCCCAGCUGCAAAGAAAACUCCACCUGCUCUCUAGGCCACAGGAGGAGGGGGCAGAGUGAGAGAGCCAAGCCGGGUUCCAAGCCACACACUCCCUGUACCCCUUUGAAAUUGUAAACUUCUGGCUCUGGCUGCUUUGGUGCACAGGCCUGGGGCCAUGGACCAAGGGGGAUGGUUGUCCCUUCACACUGUUGGGGACUUCAUUCCCUGGGCCCUAUGGUCUGAAUUUCAGCCACUGGACUCCACAAGAGCCAAUGCUCACCAACUAGCAAAAUGGGGCUUAGAACUCAUGUGCUCACUCACAGUGUCCAACAUGACCGCCCCUCCUGGCAGUCUGCUCACAGAAGAAAGGAAUGCUGGGAUCACUCCCCAGCAGCUCCACUCCCAGGAGCUAGACCAGGAUCUGCAAGUGGCUGCCCUUUCAGAUCCCAGUCCUUGCCUCUCUAUCCCCUUUCACUCCCAGGAGCUUCAUCCCACAAUCUAGCUUGGAGUGGGGAUCCUCCCAUACUUAACUCAGGUGAUGGAUGAUUCUGGAAACGAGUACACUGCAUGAAAAUAAAAUUCAGCUCGUUUU